AAAACAUUGCCUUUUAUUGCAAUCAUUCAGUCAUUGAAUCGUUAUUUCGUUUUUAAUUUUUAUUUAAUUAAUUGUUUUAAUUAUAAUUUCAUUGAAUGCCAACAUUUGCCACAACUGUUUGUCACAACUCUAUCGCCAACUAAUAGCCAAUAAUAACAGCGAAUGAAUGGUAAGUCUUGAGACAAUUGUCUUUGAAUGAUGUCAUCGAAAGUGGCGUUUGAUUCACAGACAGUGCGAAACAGUCCGCAAGUGAUGGACAGAAACAGUACACCGAAUACGAAGAGACAAAGUAUGGCAAACAGUCCUCGAAGUCCGCCACUGAAUGACUCGCAUCUGUACGCCGAAGACAGUGUCUGUCGGCCAUACCUUCCCGAGUGUUGGACUGACACCAAACGCAUGACAGCACUGAUGGGCCCAUUCCGGGCGCGUGAGGCCAACCCCGAGGGCUGGGAUCUCAAGAUGAACUUCUGGAUCAAUUGCAUCGCCAAAUGGUCUCUUCAGACCCAUUCGGUUGUCUUUAGAGCCGAAGACGUGAUGAAAGCGUUUGAAAGGGGAUCCAAACGACCGGACGUUCAAUGCAUUCAAUUAGUUGUGAGUCAUUUGAAACGAGGCAAAAAUGUGGUCAAUUUGACCGAAAUGAAGACAUCGUCCGAAACCAAUGUCAACAAGAAUUGGCUGAAUUGGAGUUUUAGUACAUUUGUGGUCAAACCGCUGACCAUAGGCUUGUCUCUGGUCUCGAGUGGCAAAGAGGAGGCCGUUUGCGAAGACAUUUUGCCGGAAGUGAGCGCCGACUCGAAGUUUGUGUUGAAUGAAACGCUUCAAGUGAUGUCCGAAGAGAUGAUGAAGUAUUUGAAUCAAUUAGAAGACAUCGAUUGCAUCCGUUUUGACAAUUUGUUCAACAAAUGUAAAAACAGAUUAGACAUCGAUUUGGAGACGUUUGAAGUGAUUGUCAACUAUUUAGAGAAUAGCAACAAAUUGAAGGUCUUUUCGGACAAUGGCAUCAAAAUUGUGAAAAUCGGUAAAAACAGUGCCAUAAGUGAGUCAGACAUUGGUUUCAUUCGACUCGAAACGGCCAAAGAGUUGCUCGAAAACGAGAUCGAAAGACUCGAGACUGAGAUCGAGUCCAUACGAGCCGAGGCUAAGACCUGUGUCUCCAAUAAGAAUAAAGAGAAAGCCAUUGUCUUAUUGAAGAGGAAGAAGAGAGUGGAGAACAAAUUGGUUCAAAAAGUGUCGCAAUUGGAUAACGUGGAUGUGCUGAUCGACCAAUUGAUUAACUCGAGUUCACACAACACUAUCUUCCAGGCGUUCCAGAAGGCGAACGACGCCUUGAAGUUAGCCAAUAGUAAUCAAGAAGACAUGGAGAGCACAAUGGCUGACGUCGAGGAGACACUGGAUGUGAUGAACGAAAUGGUGGCCGACGUGAGCCGUCCUCUCGUCGCCGACGCCGGUAUCGCCGAUAUUGAGGAAGAGUUGGACGACCUCUUGACUGAACUCAACGAUCAAACCGCUAACGAAGAGAAGAGUCGACAACAGAAGAAGAAUGAGAAAGAAUUGGUAGAUAUUUUGGAUAAUCUCUCAGUGAAUGACCAAUCAUUGACUGAAACGAGAGAUACAUUGCCUGAAAAGGAGGUUCCCUUACCUGCUCUCUAAUUGUUGCUAUUAUUUGCCAAUCAAUCGCUUCGUUGUGUAAAUUGUUUGCAUUUUUCCGAUCAAUAUAUCUUAUGUUAGGUUUAAAUCAAUUGAUUAAUAAGUAAAGCUUUAAGCUUUUAAUUGAGAU